UUGGAAAAAUAUCAGAUGAUCCACUGGGAGCUUAGUUGAAAACUACUUCUGAGCAGCACAGUGGACUGGCAAUAGCUGGGAAAUCUUGAUUGGAGAGAAAAUGGAGAGCAAUGAAACAGUGAUUUUUCUCUGAAUGCCGGCAAUAACUCCAUCCAUUUAAAUACUGUGUAAUCCUUCCAGUACAUAGUAUUACUGUACAAGACCUCCUCUAGGCAUCUUUUUAAGGCAAACAUCACACAGAGGUAAGUUCUGAGCUGGUUAUUUUUUAAAUGUGAUUUUUAAAAGCCUAAGGAGAAACACUUCUUUAAGUCCUAGAAUGUCUCAUGGUCAAUUGUUCUAAUUUUUGUUUCUCAGCAUCGAUACGUCUUACAGUCCUUGUUUAAUUUAAUUUUGUUAAAACUUCUGUACCUCUGGGUACAUGAGCUUGCAACAUGAAAGAACUUUAAAAAGAAUGUGAGGAGAAUUUUUAUUGUGAGAAGGAGUAGCAGUUAUCUAGGUCAAAUGGACUGCUUUAGAACAAGCAAACUGUACUUGUAUGCUUGGGCAGCAUUUGAAUUAGAGGCAGAAAAUAUGUCUACCUGUAAUUAAAUGAACCAGAUGCUGCCUCUAAACCCUCCUUGACACAGACCAUUCCUAUCCACCAAUAACCGGAGUAACUGGGAUGACUGGCUUGUAGUGAGUGUGAUAUAUCAGAAAAGCAGCUUCUCAGAAGUGAACUAAACUAUAAUAAAAUCUUUACUUUCCAAUUUUUCCACCUGGACUGAUGACCCUGGAAUUCCUACCUUCCAAGUGGGAUUGAUUUCUAGUCCCUUUCUAAUAACCAAAAAAAUGCAGGUCAGCCUUCUUUAACUAGUCUUCAGCAGUGUCCCACUUCCAAGUGGAACUCAAAAGUGGUUCAUAUCAUUGACUCUGGUAUCUGAAGUACAAAAGGGAAGAUUGCAAGACUGUGUGUAUGGUUUGACAAUGCUGUCAAGCUCAUCUAGGCAUUUGCUCUCUUGAAAGGUGUGGUUGUUCCUGUCCCAGCUGUUCUUAUGCCCAGCCGUAAGUGGCUCAUUCUCUUUUAAGCUGGCUCUGAUGCUCAUUGAACAUUUCAUUGAACCUACUCACCUCACUAACAGCAGAAAAAUGUUCUGCUUUCUUUGUCAAGUUAAAUUGAAUAAGCCCCAAAGCCACUAGCUGAGAAAUGGCAAGAAGGCCAGGGCAGGUUAUUGUCAGUGAGACACAAGAUGGGCUUGGCUCUGUUACUCUAAUCCUCAGUUCUUGGCAUGCUUCAAAAUACCUAUAUUUAUUAGGGCAGCAGAACAGCCAAUGGGAGCAGUGGUGUCUAGCAACCAGGAAAAGGGAUUUCAGGUACAAGAGACCUGAUUCAGCUCCUGGUUCCAACUCAUGUUACCACCCAUGCCUAAACCUCUUUGUAACACAAAGAUUUGAGUUCCUUUGUAAACUGAUUUGAAGUUUACCACCAAGAACAAGAACAGCACAUUAUUCCACAUUCCAUUUUGGCCCAAAAUUUGGCCCAAAGCCUGCUACAAUAUUCUGCUUCUAAAUACUGUCUGCAACCAAAAGCUAAUUUUACCCAUUGCCUUUAAAGCAGUUGUCAAAGCCACUGCUCUCUGCUAUGUUCAGAGCAGUACUGACUGGAGGAAAGGAUCCCUUUCUCCUGGAAGCCUGAAAUUAGUGCUCAAUUGGCAUGAGUUGAAUUUCAGGCUGUGGGAGGUUUUUAUUUGAAUGCUCUUUAGACCACCUAAAACUUCUCCUGGAUGUUUUUCAAGCACAUGGGCUCUCUGCAGCUCCCUUCUGCCCAGCUGUCAGACCUGUCUGUAAAGCAAACAGCCAAAGCUUUGUCCAUUUUCUUCUUGGCACAGCGAAGAGGAAGCUCAUCAUCAAAUUAUGUGAAAGAGCUGCCAUUCCUGUACCACACUUAUGUCCAGCCAGUGCCAAAUGCAGCUCAGUUGUAAGCAUAUUUUGAUGGAAAUGGGGAACAGCUGGGAUAUUUGCCAAAUGGAACAUGCUUCUCCAUGCUCCUCUCUGUUGGUGCAGGCUGAUCUCUGAGAGGCAUGCCCACUCUCAGCCUGUACUGUAAAGCCCUCUUUUACCCAUCUUGAUUAGGGCAACUUUCCCACCUCCUUAUCUGAAUGUAGAUGUCUCCUCUCUUGUCCUCACUCAGUAUUCUUUUUCCUGCCUGUGUUGUUGCAGUUUGCCAUAAUACAUGAUUAUGUGGUUCUAACAUCUGGAUUCAGUCAACAUCUCACUCUCCUGGUUCUUACAGUAGAACAUGAACUGACACAUGUAAACCUCCAGUGGUUUAUAAAAUAUUGAGAGACGUAUCUUAAAUAUGAAGUGUGCAGUGGCAGGAUGGCUUGAACAAGGUGAUGUCAAGGUCAGAAUUUACCUUUCAGGUUUACAGGUUCAGUUCAGUGCAGGAGAUUGUCUUUGCUGCUCUGCCUCAGCCAGCUGCUGUGAUUGGUUUUAGUUGAAUUCCUAGCAGACUUCCACAGGAAUUGUAGUUGGCACUAAUUCAGUUUCUUCUCAUCAGUCAGCACUGACAUUGUUCAUGAAGAAAUAUUCCAUGUGCACUCCAACAAACCAACCUGUUCUCUUCCUGAAGCAAACUUCUAGAAAAGGAGCCUACUUCAUCAAAGAAAUAAAGAAGUAAAAGUUGCUCAUUUCCAUGUACCCACUUGAGAUUUCUACCCACUGCUGCUUUUGAUUAAAGUGCUGGGAAUGCCUUAAAUUUAAAGUUUCUAAAGGCAGCUCAUCAAUGCUGGUCUUCAUUCAUGAAAAGAUUACAGUUGCUUAGUUUAGGACCUGCAUCUGAGAUAAGAAAAGCUCAAAUAAAGAAAAUCUAGGCAUUCUAUCUUUCAAAUCUGGACGCAGUGUUUUUCCUAGAUCUCUCUCUCUUUCAACUGAUGUUAACCAUGCAGCUCUGCCAGAAGCUUUGGGAAGUGGAUAUUUAUCCCUAAGGGUCAAGUACUUACUGGUCUUGAUUGACACCUCCCUGUUUUCCUCCUUUGCUCCUUCCUUUCUGGUCUAUAAUCUAUUGGGAGGCCUGCACCAUCGUCUCAUUCCUGCCAUAAGUCAGCUGAUCAUGAGAAAUCCAGGGACCAAUGCCUCUCCCUCUUGUCCCAAAAGUAGACCCUUUGCUGGUGUGGUGCUCCAUGAGCAUCAGCAGGGAGUAUCCAUUUCCUUUCAAUGUAAUUCCCUAUUAUUCAGAUGCUGGUUCUUUUUUGUGAGUCUUUUUCUGGUUUGUUCCAUAUUAUUGGAAGUAUUUUGCCUGGCACAAUGAAGUCAAGUUUGCAAUAAUUCUGCACAAUAAGAAAAUACCGAUUCCCUUUUCUGUAUUUGACACAAAAGGGCUGAGGCAUGAAUUAGCUAAUUGAACAGCCUACAAGAGUCCUUGGUCUCAUCCCCAGGUACAGCAACAAGCCUCUUUUCACAGGAUUAUUCUAUCUAAAGGUAUCGACACAUUUGUUGCCUUUAUUUUCUUUCUUUUUUUUUUUUUUUUUGCACUGCAUCAUAUUGAUACAAGAAGACAACAAAUCACAUUUGCACUGGUCUAUCAGAGUGAACCAAAGUACAACUCCUUUAGAGUUAACUAUUUGGAUUUUAUUAUUUAAGUGUUUGUAGUUCUUUUUCUUUUUUGACUAGGAACCAUUUUUUCAUUGGAGAUCAGCUACAGGAAUGCGAAUUUUGGCUGAUUCCCCACUUUCUGUUAGACUUUGCACUGGUGUGAAGUUUCCUCUGUGCUGAACAUGGCCCCGAUGUGCCUACGGCCCCUACUGAGGUACCGCUCCUUCGUCAUCCUCUUCCUCACGCCGCUGCUGCUGCUGCCGCUGCCGCUUGCUGUGUCCACGCGGGAGGCCAAAUGUGCAUAUAUCAUCAUCAUCAUGGCUGUGUAUUGGUGCACCGAAGUGAUCCCCCUGGCUGUCACUUCCCUCAUGCCAGUGGUGUUUUUCCCUCUGCUUGGAGUUCAGAGCUCUAAAUCAGUGUGCUUGCAGUACCUCAAUGACACAAACAUGCUCUUCGUUGGAGGGCUGAUUGUUGCAAUUUCUGUUGAACAGUGGAAUCUUCACAAAAGGAUUGCACUGAGGGUCCUUCUGAUUCUUGGGGUGAAACCUGCACUCCUCAUGCUGGGAUUUAUGAUAGUCACUGCCUUCCUGUCCAUGUGGAUAAGUAAUACAGCCACCACUGCCAUGAUGGUUCCCAUUGUCCAGGCUGUCCUGGAUCAAAUGGACAACACAGAGUAUGAUGUGACCAUGAUGGAACAAGCAGUUGGGCAAACAAAUACAGUGAUUGAGCUGGAGGAAAAGAGCAUAUCAGAUCCCACUGCAGUGCAUGUCAUAAGCAAUGGACAAGUCCCUGAUGACCCCAAAUCUUCUGAAGAAAAGAAAAUGAGGAAGCGUAUAUGCAAGGGAAUGACACUUUGUGUAUGCUAUGCUGCCAGCAUUGGAGGAACUGCAACACUCACUGGAACAGGACCGAACAUGGUACUGAAAGGCCAGAUGAAUCAGUUAUAUCCCAACAAUAAUGAUGUUGUGAAUUUUGCUUCCUGGUUUGGAUUUGCAUUCCCAAACAUGAUUCUGAUGUUGGUGCUAGCUUGGCUUUGGUUACAGUGCUCCUUCAUGGGACUCAACUUUAAAAAAAGCUGGGGCUGUGGGACGGAGGGAACUGCCAAAGAAAAAGCUGCAUACGAUGUACUGAAGGCAGAAAUGAAGAAGUUAGGCCCUAUCUCUUACGCUGAAUUCAAUGUCCUCAUCAUGUUUGUAUUGCUGGUGCUCUUGUGGUUUUCCAGACACCCAGGCUUUGUAAAAGGCUGGGCAACUAGGCUCUUCCCAGAAGGAGAAAAGUAUAUCACUGAUUCUGCUCCUGCUGUGUUUAUCGCCCUGCUACUGUUUAUCCUUCCUGCUCAUAAGCCCAAAUUCAUAGAAUGGAAUUCAAGCAUGUCUGACCCUGAACAGACUGAAGAAGAUAUAAAAAAGCCAUUUUUAUCAGCCCCGCUGCUAGACUGGAAUGUGGUUCAGAGGAAGAUGCCCUGGAGCAUUGUGCUGCUGCUGGGAGGAGGUUUUGCUUUGGCUGAUGCAAGCGCAAACUCUGGGCUCUCAGCUUGGCUGGGUCAUCAAAUGACUCCUCUGGGAUCUAUUCCCCCAUGGGCCAUUGCAACAGUGCUUUCGCUUAUUAUCGCCGUCUUCACUGAGUGCACCAGCAACGUCGCCACGGCCACGCUCUUCCUGCCUGUCUUUUCAUCCAUGGCUACAUCUGUCAAGAUCCACCCUUUGUAUGUUAUGCUGCCUGGUACUCUCAGUGCUUCCUUUGCCUUCAUGCUACCUGUUGCAACACCACCAAAUGCAAUAGUGUUUUCUUAUGGCCACAUCCGUGUUUUGGAUAUGGUUAGAUCUGGAGUAGUGAUGAACAUCAUUGGAGUCUUCUGUGUCACACUGGCCAUCAACACAUGGGGAAGACCUAUGUUUGAGCUGGACACAUUCCCAACCUGGGCAAACAGCACAAUGAACCAGUGAACAGAGAAGAAUUCUUGUGUUAAAAAAGGAAAGCACCCUUUAUACUACUCCCUAUUUCCCGAAGUCCUGUAUAGAGUCUCAUCACCACUUCAGAUCCAGUGUCAGGUGUUUGCUGCCUUCCAGCAGUUACACCUCAGUUCAGGCUUGACCCAACUCAAACUUACUCCAGUCGUGCUGGAGCCAAAAGUGUUGUUCAGCUACACAACCCUAAGGAACAUGUGUCUAGAUCAUAAAUAUGAUCAUGUGAUCCACUGUACCUCCAAUCAAGGUCAAGAAUUAGAAUUUAUUGAACUUUCCAUAAAGAGAGGGGAGGCUGUUGUAUGAAAAGGUUUGAACUGUUGUAUCACUGGCAUGUACAUGUAAAUCAUUAGCAUUGAACUGCACUCAGGCAGGGGCUGAAUAUUCCUAAACUAUUUCUUAUAUUUGCAAGUCAGCAACCAUACAAAGAAAUCACUGUGGUCACUUGUUUAGGGAAGAAGGGGCGUGUUGCCUUAUGCUGUGUUAUGUUUGAGUCAGGCCUCAGCCAUGUGGUAGGAUCCUUCCAAGUCAACAUCCAACAUGCUUUCUCUUGCCUUGUCUUCACUCCCAAAUCUCACUGCAUUUAGACACCUUUAUUGAGGGCUGAGAGGACAUAAUUCUGUGCUGGUCAUUCAGCUGAUGUCUUGGGCAAGGAUGCAUUAAGGCUGGCUCCGUGUUUCGUGCACUGUGGUACUGUCAGGGCCAGGAGCCUUUACCUCUCUCAGCCACAGAUGUGGUUUCACAUGCCAACUAGAGUUUUCUGAGUGCCAGCCUGAAGAUGACCAGUGGCCUAUAGCACUUCACACCUGUUGCAAGAGUUCCUGGAUUAGCCCCUGAUGUGCCUUAUUAAUUAACUCUGGAAAUUUGGAGUGGAGUGAAGACAUGAGAAAGGCUCUAACUGAUGACCUGGUAAAAAAUUAAGGGACCAGAUGUUAGGGCUUAUGCUGGCUGACAGGAAUGGGAGUUGUUUUGUGUACUUCAGAAUUCAUAUCUUGUGAGGAAAGUGUUUUGUAGCACCUCUUUGUGCCAUUUAUGGAACUGAAGUAUCCUACAGAAUGAUUGUUGUUGGGCUGGGUGUAUUUUAUCAGUGGUACGUGGAUGCUUUUCAUUCAGCCCUGGAGAUGUAGGUGGGUGGGAGGUAAAGCAGUGUCUUACAGUGGAGAGAUCUGUGGCCGUGACCUGAGUUCUGCUCCCAGACUUUCUGUGCAGCCCCAUGCAAGUCAGUUCAGCUCUUUUUGCCUGUUUCCCCUCCUGAAGAAGAUGUCAUGGAACCUAUCUACCUCACCAAGGUGGUGUGAGGACAUAAGGGUCAAAUUCUGCACUCGUGUUGUUUCCCACCUCAUUAUAAGGGGUGCAAGGUACAAGUUACAGAAUCAUAGAAUUCUGUCCAGAAGAUCUGGCAUAUACCAUAGUAGUGUGUGUGUAGGAUAUUUAAAUAGUUUUGUUAUGAAUGUGAAUGUUCUUUAUGGAACUGGAAAAAUAUUCACAUUUUUAUCUAAAAUUGACGAAAGUAUUUAUCCAUAAAAUGUCCAGGUGCUUUUCUAAGCAGAAAACUGCUUCAACAAUUGAUUUUUGUGCCUUUAUCUUCUAUGCUCUUUCAAGGUGCUAAGCACCCUAAACUCUCCACUGACUGUUGCUCCUGGGUGCCUCCAGUAGCUCCCUGUCUGGCUGUUAUGUGGUGCCGCCUCAUACCUCUUCCAGGGAAUGGUGGAGCACGUGGAUAAACACAAUUCCACUUGCAGAGUGUAUCUAAGGAAGAGGCCAGUUCUAGGCCCAAGAAGUGGCUUGGUCACUGAUGUUUGUCACCACCUGAAACUUUAUCACAGUAUUCGCUUGAAGAAAGUGAAACCCGAAACAGUUGAGCACCUUCUGUGCUUUAGCAGUCAGCAUUCAAUGGUAAUUUGCAGGUAUCUAAACAUGAUUGAGAAAGGGAGUUUUUCUGCCUUCUGAUUGACUUCACAGUAUGAGAACACCUUACUGCUGCCAGGUACUCCAUGGUGCUUACUCUGCUCUAUUGCAAGUAAGAUACGGUGGAGCUUGCAUAGGUGGGUGACACUAAGGUUGGCUAUCUCAGUUCAUGCAGACCCAAACUCCUCUAAAACUGGUUCCAGCUAAAAGCCAUAGGAUGGGCACUUUUUUUGCAGAAAGGAACAUUCUGAAAGUUGCCCUCACCUCAGCUAGGGAAAAGCUUCCCUCUGUUGCUGGGCAAGUAGGAGGCAAAUGCUAUUUUCAUCAAGAGUCACACAGGGUGAUUUAUUAUCAGGAGUGCUGGGCCAGGGGAAGUGUACAUGUGGGGUAAUAAAGAGUGUUGGGUUUAUUGUAACUGGGAUAUAUUUGAUGUGUCACCUCUCUGUAUAUUGUUAACAGCAAAGGUUUCUUUUUGAGACACUUUUAUGGCAUCCUAUGAUUGAUUUGUAUUUAAUUUAAAUGGGUGGGUUGCAGAAUUAGAGCCUGGCAAAUAAAAACUUCCUAGAACUGUC